ACGGGCUCGUUUGUGACAUAAAUCUCGUCGUUUCAGUCUUUGGUUCUAACGUGUGACUUGGAGAUUCACCUCGCUGCUCAGUAUGAAGACGGUACUUGACGGUAAUGCCAGCUAUCUUAUGAGGUCGCGUUGAUACCUGAUAACAGUUCACCACGUCAACUUUUCAGUCGAGUUUCAAGUUCCAGAUAGCUCCGUCGAUUUAAGGAAAAUUGUUGAGAAGAUUUCUGAACUUGUUUGGAUACCCACAAAAGAGAUCUUCACUCCUGGGAGUAGCUUGAAAGGGCCGGGCGAUUUUUCUCUCUGACUUUGUGUUACCGUCUUCCUCUUCGUCAUCGUUUCGGAGUGAUGGCAGAACAUGGAGAUGCUGCCCAGAGAGAUCAGGCAGCACUGAGCGUAGGAGAACCAACAGAAUGUUCUAGAACUGCAUCUGUGAGUCCAGGCCCAGAGGAACCACCUGGAAGCAAUGUUCUAACCUCAGCAAUGGAGAAACAGUCUGCACCCACCAUCACAGUGGAUGACAGGGAGUCCACUGUAUCAGAGCCCCACCCUAAAGACGGUGCUGGUUCUCGAACAGAAGGUGGGAAAAGCCCCAAUGUUGAGGAUCUGGACUCCUUUAAUCUGAUAGAGCCUCCUCCGCUCGACUGGAAGUCUGAAUCCUCGAGCGAAGCUUGUUCAGUAGGAGAAAUGGAUGACCCUGGAUCUUUCCAUACUGACUCUAUGGAGCCCCCAGUGGACAGACUGAGUUACUGUGGACCUCAGGACUUAAGCUCCUCUCCACCACCCACCUUCACCAGUCAGGAAGAAUGCAAGGACGAGCUCAGUGACGUAGAUCAAACACAGGACGGAAAGCAGGAUAGGGUGGAGGAGGAGGAGAAGGAGGAGGAGGAGGAGGAGGGAGAAGAGGAGAAAAGGAGGAGGUGUAAAGAAAGGUGGAGAAGCGACACAGAUCAUUCUCAUAUUCAGACACUGCUGACCCAACUGCAACUCUUCCACCCAACUGCUGAUGCCUCCAUCCACUCACUCCCAGACAACCCUAACCCUAAUCCUGACCCCAACCCUGACCCUCAACCUCCUGUGCAAAGCCUGCAGUGUGAAUCCAGUGCAGCAGGUAAUGGGGCAUCUGGUUUACUAUUUACAGAGAUGCAUCAGAGAGACCUGCUCCAUCUGCUGGAGGGUCCAGACCCACAGGGGCCACAAGUAACAGCGCCCCCCGGUGGGCACUCAGUGUACGGCCUGCAGUCUGAUGAGUACCACGCAAUGUCCUAUGGCCAGGAGUUACAGCACGGGCUCUUGCAACAAGGCUCCAGCAAUUGGCGGUUGCCUGGCGAUGAGUUUGUCAUGCCGAGCUACCUCGGCGACCAGCUCAUGGAGGCUUGGGAGCAAUCUGCGGAGAACUUGUCGGAGGAGGAGACUGCAUCCAAACAGCCUGAGGAGAAUGCAGAAUCUCACCCGGGUUAUAAAGACGUGCCCGGUCCCUGUGAUCCGGAGGAUCUGUUGGACGGGGUGAUUUUCGGGGCGAAGUACCUGGGCUCCACUCAGCUGCAGUCAGAGAAGAACCCCUCCACCAACGCUCGCAUGGCUCAAGCGCAGGAGGCAGUGGACCGAAUCAAGGCUCCUGAGGGAGAAUACCAACCCCAGACAGAAGUGGAUCUCUUCAUUUCCACGCAGAGAAUUAAAGUGCUGAACGCAGAGACACAGGAGGCUAUGAUGGAUCACUCCCUGCAGAUGAUUUCUUACAUCGCGGACAUUGGGAACAUAGUCGUCCUCAUGGCCCGUAGGAAGCCAGCCGGGCGUAAGGGGGCGGAGUCAACAGACGCUUCCUCCGGCCCUCCGAAGAAGUGUUGGAUGAUCUGCCACGUGUUUACCUCAGAGGAUGCUCAGGUCAUAGCUCAGGCGAUUGGUCAGGCGUUUGGUGUGGCCUAUCAGCAGUUUCUGCAGGUGAACGGGAUUAAGCCCAGUGACCUGCGCCCCGGCGAAUACAGCGACUACCUCGGCACCCAGGAACUUUACAACGGAGACCUGGUGCAUUUCUCCCGCUCGGAAAACAUCCGAGAGGUGCGCAUAUCCAAGCAGGCAGGGGAGGGGCUGGGCGUAGCAGUGGUGGAGUCUGGUUGGGGGUCCAUUUUACCGACGGUGGUGGUAGCUAACCUGCUCCACGGCGGUCCGGCAGAACGCUGCGGUGAUCUGAGCAUCGGAGACCGGAUCAUGUCUGUUAACGGCACCAGCCUCGUGGGCUUACCCAUUACCACCUGUCAGAACAUCAUCCGAGAUCUGAAAAACACGACCCAGGUGAAGCUCAGCAUCGUCCAUUGUCCUCCGGUUACCAUGGCGAUCAUCAGACGCCCAGACCCUAAAGUCCAGUUGGGCUUUAGCGUGGAGGAUGGGAUUAUUUGUAGUUUAAUGAGGGGUGGAAUCGCAGAGAGGGGCGGGAUCAGAGUGGGUCACCGCAUCAUUGAGAUAAAUGGGCAGAGCGUCGUGGCCACGCCCCACAAGAAGAUCAUUGCCAUUCUAACCAAUGCAGUAGGAGAGAUUCACUUAAAGACCAUGCCGGCAUCAACCUACCGCCUCCUUACGGGACAGGAGCAGCCGAUUUUUCUCUGAGCCGGAUGAAAAGCGGCCUGAUUGUUCAGGUCCCCUCCUGAGAGGAAGCAGUGAAUUCUCCCUGAAUUCACUCACACAGCAUACCUUCAAUACGGACUGAACUAGGGGUGUUACGCUGAGUUACACCCAUAGCGUACCAGUAUUUUUUUAUAUGCAAGUUAUG